AUGGCGUCGCGGGAGGAUCCCAAGGAAGCUGCGCCGCCUGCCACGGUGGCCAGGUGCCUGACGCUGCAGCGGACGACCUCGAAAGUGGGUUUUCCUGGUCAGCCAACUAGCACGCAGAGCAGUACUGCUGCAUCGACUGCUGAACAGGAGUGCGUUGGGUUGUCGCAGGAGCACGAGUUUGUCUUUAUGCCGAAAGCGUACAGCGAGAUGGUUCCCAUGACCCGGGAAUCGUCGUUUGUGGGACCCGGGCCGGUCCGGGCAAACUCGGACGGCAUCGUGCAGUUUUUGCGGGCGGCACCCGACAUGGCUCCGACGCAGGAGGAAAUCCUCUUCUUUCCGAAAAGCUUUUCGGAGGUAGACAUGCCAUCAUCACGACUUUCGUUUCAGCAGACACCUGCACCGUCGAAUUCCGAUGGACUGCUUGCGAACCGGGCAUUUAUUCGCGCCGUGGAUGCUGCCAGAGCACAAGCGGCACAGCAGGCUCAGGUGCGCUUGCCGGACGGGGAUGUCUUGGCGAGCGUUGCGAAGGGGAAAACAUAUGAGGGCCGGAUUGUCAAGGCCUUCAAGUUGGGCCUGCUAAUCGAAAUCGACGCGGACGUUCGCGCAUUGCUUCGAUGGAAACACGUCAAGGGAGUGCCGAGGAAGCUGCUCAAGGAAGGUUGCUGGCUGGCAUUCCUUCGUGUCGACAAGGUGAAAGGAACGAGAGUGUGCUUAUGCCUGGAGUGCCCUGGCAGCGACAGCCACGAAACCAUCGAAGAGGAUGGCUACGAAGAAAUCCUUGCCCGGGUCCACGAGUGGGCUGGGCUUGAGCCAAAGGUGCUCGAUUUCGAGGGGACCGACCCCGUCGCCAAAAGGCAUCCUGGGCGAAACGGCCCACGGACUGUCGGCGAUGGGCUCCCCAUCCGUGGGCCUGCGCUGUUCAGCAUGAGCCGGCUCCAACGAGCCGGCAAAUGUGGCCCGCGGUGCCAGCUGUAG